UUUAAAAAAAAGGCAAACAGCUGUUGUUUGUUUGUUUCCGCUUAGCUUAUACCCUAAAUCUAUUUAAAGAUUGUAUUUAUCCAAACAAUGAAUUCAACUAAUAAGAAACAAGUGAAGAAAUACGAUAGAGUUAUGUCUCGUGUGAAUAAUCAAUCACGAUCUACUUUAAAAUCAAGUUCUGUUGUGACGUGCCACCACAUCCCAACGUCUGCGCGUCUUGGCGCGAAAACAUCAUCAACAAACUUUAGUUCUUGUGUUUUUAGUGAAUUGCCGAUUGUUUUAAAUGACUAUGCACCCGAUACUCGUACCGAUGAACCGGUUCAAAAGACGUAUGUCGUAAAGCCUCGCAAAACUAUUAAAUCAUUAGAUCCUGCGAAGUCACCUCACAGUUCCAUACGAAAAACUCAAGAAUUAAUAAGAGAACCUUGUAAUAUUCGAUCACAAAACUCUGCACCAUCGGUGUUAGUUCAAAAUUGUCAUAGAUAUAAUAGAAAUCUCGAUACUCAUUUAAGAGAAUGUCUGUCUAGUAGAUCACAUUCGAAAUUGAAAAAAUUAAAGGAUGAAAUUGAAGCGUACAAUAAAACUGAGAAAAUGAUGAAACUUCGUAGCCGCUUAUAUAAACGCUGUGGUGUGGUGUUAGAUGAUGCGGGACAGGUUGCCGAAGAUAAGGCUGUGCAAGUGGAAGUUCCAGUGCCUGAUAAAUUAUCCGUAGAAUCAAGAUCGGAGCACCGGAACGGCGUCAACGGAGCGGAUGCCAGAACCUCUUUGUCUCACCAACAGAUGAGGACCGAUGUUCCUCGUUACCCAGUCGAUAGAUAUUUGGUUGAAAGUAGCAAAAAUUUUGAAAUGGUUAACAUCAUCAAUGAUGAUAUUUGGAAUCCAGAGCCAGCCUUAAAACCUGAAGACGAAAUCAUAUUAAGAAGGUUGCACGAAAUGCUACAAACUACUGCAGACGACCUAAAAAUCCUUUCCAACGAAUUAUCUAAGCAACAUGAGCCUAAAGUACAAAUUAAAACGCAGCCAACUCCUUUAGAUGAAGAAUUUAACGAAAAAGUUCACAUUGAAGAAAUUGUGGAUGCCAAGUUUCAUGGAUAUAAAGUUACUGAGAAGUCUUCUUCACCUGUAUAUGGUUUGAAAAAGGAGAUGGUUGAUGGAAUCAAGUUACUAGCUAAUGAAUUACAAAAAACUAAAGUAAAUGCAGGUAUACAAGUAAAUCCUAUGACAACUAUACUUAAGAAAACCCAGUCGCGGAAGUUAGGAAUGUCAUCUACUAAUGUAAUACAAAUCGAUGAAAAGAAUCAAGUUGAUUGUAAAGAAACUAGUUUAAACAAUAUUAAAAUAAACAACUCUCCGGCUGUUGCCUAUUGCGAAUACUCAUAUGAAUAUACUAAACCUAAAACUAAUACUACUCCACAUAAAAUCUUGAAAGUUCAAGAAAUGCCAGGUAUUAAUAUAAGAAGUGAGUUGAGAGAACAAAAAGUUUUACAGUUAGAUAUUUUACCAGAUAGUAAAGCUGAAAAAGAUGUAACUGUAAAUAAAAAUAAUGUAGUAUUUAUUGUUACGCAACAUAAAUCAGAAUCUAUUCCACAGCAGAAGCUUACAAGUGUUAAAAAACAGGAUACUCCAUUGACAUACGCGACGGAAAAACAACGUAUAAGAAAAGUUUCAAAGAUGUCAACAUGUGAAAGCAGUGGUUCUAAUAACAGCGUUAGUUCUGAUGCUCAAUAUAAUAUUAAAAAUCAAAAAGAAUUUAAAAUUCGAUCUUCACCCAAAACAUCGUCACGUUCUGAUAACAGAAAACUACCUAAAUGUUUAAUUAGUAGGAAACAACAAGAAAAACGGUCACAGCAAAAUUUGGAUGAAUGGAAACGAAAACUCGAAUCAGUUUAUGGACACUCAUCGAAUUUGAAGAAAACUGUAAAAUUACCGAAAUCUAAAAUUACGAAGGCAACAUGUUCAAGAACAGGUACAACAACUAAACACUCUCAAAUUUUAAAUAAUAACAUGGAAUAUAUACCGUAUUCACAAUUAACAUUAGGUGGAGUCAGAGUAAGUGACAUUGAGAAGGAAUUAUCUGAUAUACCUAACAAAAAUGACAUGCCUAUAAGCCCAAUAUUAGAUCGGAUCUUAAGAAGUCGUGAAAAUUCGUUUUACAAAGAUAGUCCUCGAAAACACCAACAAAAAGAUUAUAAUAUAUUAUCUACAUCUGACGAAAAUCUUUUUAAAGAGGUCAUAGACAUUGAGAAGACUAUAGGUGAUACUUUGUCAAAUAAUGCAAGAAAGACGCAACCAAAUUCACCAAAUAUUUCAAGUGAAAGCAAUAAGCAAAAAGAUGAUAGUUAUGCCGAUGACUUUGAAGAUGAAAAAUCCGACCAAGAGGGAGAUUUCGAGGAAGACGAAAAUGCUAACAAGUCGCAACUUCUAAAUGAUUCCAAUAAAUCUAGUAGCGACCGGGAUUUAGAAAAUUCUAGUAAAGCGAUUGAUACUCCGGCUAGUGACAAUGAUAAUCCAAAUGCGACUUAUACAAAAACAUCAAACUUAUCAUUCAAAAACAAAGUAGACAUUUUUGAAUUUGUUCAUUUAGUCGAUACACAAGAUAUCGCUACCCAAAGCGCUACUUCACAUAAAAUAUCUUUAAAAGAAACACAAACAUCUCCUAGAAAUGAAACGUCUAACAUUCAACCGAUACGUAAUGACUUGUGGCCCACCCUCGAUCCGAAAGGAGAACUUGAAAAAAUGCUGAUAUUAGAAAAAGGUUUUAUUAAACAGCUUAUAAUUGACGAGUAUGGCGAUUUGUUCGAGAAAAAUAUCACUAAACCUUCUACAUUUAAGGAUAUUACAAUAGAAGAUACGCAAAAGAAUAGUGUUGCGUUGCAGAAAAAUACACAAACUUCACCUGUGCAUGUGAAAAGUAUAAUGACUUCACCAACUAAAAUGAAAACGAGGACUACAUCACCGUUUUCAUUAUCAUUACCAAUAGAUCGACAAACAAGUCCUAUGAUAUUCAUAACAAAUGAAGAAGAAUUGAAGAUUGAAAUUGGAAAUGAAGAAGAUCUUGGAAUAUCCAUUAAUUUAUCCUCGCCCAGAUUUAGUUUACGCUUACCACAGAAUUCUCGAGAUGUACUUUCAAAUCUUGAAGAUAGUAAUCAAAUAGUGUCUAAGCAAUACCAAGUAGAAGAUAACCUACAAAAAGAACCUAAAAUGUUUAAAAAAUUUGCAACCUGUACUAGUACUAGUUCUAUAGAUGCAGACAAUUCUUCCUCGGAAAUUAGCAGUUUAGGCGAAAUUAAAUUAAAACUAAAAAGAAAAUCAAAGAAAAAUAGAGUUCCGUCCACUUCUGAUACAAGUUCGUCAUCGAUAGUUUCCAAAUAUAGUUCUGAUUUACAGUCGACCGGUAUCCUGCCUUUGAAAAGUGAAGGGGAAGUAAGUGUUGACCAAGUUACAAAAAAGAAUUUAUUAAAACGUAAUGGGAGUAUUGGUGAAACUAGUGCUGGGGGAUAGUAAUUUAGAUUGAUAAUUUCAGUGCUUUAAUGGAUUUUUAAAGAACAUUGUUUAGAAUUUAGUAACAUUCCUUGUGUGCCUUUAACAAUGAGAGUGUAUAGUUAAUAAUGUUUGUUUGCCAAAUCAAGUGUAUUUGCCUCUAUUGUUGUUUUUACCUCAAGUACAAAUCAGUUAUCGCAAUAUAAUUUGUGAUAUUUUUAUCCAAUGUUAUAUUUAAGUGUAAUAUAAUGUACAUUAAUUAUUUUAUAUUAUUAAUUAGUAAAAGUAAGUCUAUUUUUGCACUGAUAUAAAUUUUAGAGCAUUC